AUGGCGACUCAAAUAAGUACACUUGACGAAGGUUUAAAAUGUGAAUGCAAACCUUGUCUAAGGGACGGGAAAAAUGUGGGUGCUAAAAUAUACUGUCAUGAAUGUGAAGAAGGUCUAUGCAUGGACUGUAAUACAUACCACAAGAAAAUAAAGUCGUCUUUGAAUCAUAACGUGUGUGAUAUUGAAACUAAGUCAAAAGAGAUCGAAGCUGGACAGCUGUUGAGACAACUUACAAGAUGCCCUGAUCAUAAACACGAAGAGGUAAAAUAUCUAUGUAACGAUCACGAUGUAUUAUGUUGCAACGAAUGCGCCAUUGUAAAUCAUCGAAAGUGUGAGAAUCUGGUUUGUUUAAAUGAAGAAAGUUCAAAUGUGUCUACAGAUGAUGGAAUAAGUGCAGAAAAGAAAUUGGAAGAAUUAGAGAACAGUAUCGAUAUACUGUCAGAAGGAGAACGCAAAAAGUAUGACGGUAUCAAAGAAACCAAUACUGAAAUACAAAGAGAACUGAACGAUUUCAAAACUAAAAUUGAGAACGCUUGUAAAAAAUUGGAAACUACGGUAUUACAGGAUGUGAAGGAAAGAUGCAAUUGUGUCCUGGAAACAAGUUCUGCGAAUGCCAGUAAGAUAUCGCAUCUGAAAAGCAAAGUAUCUCUGCUGAAACAAACAGCAGAAGCAGUUAGAAGUAAUGCUUCGACAAAGUGUCAAAUUCUCUUUGAAAGAAAACUUGGAAAUGAAUUGCAUGAACUGGAAGAACAGAUGCUUUCCCUUAGCGACAACUCUCUAACUUGUAAAAUCCGGCUUGUUGAAUUAAAGCCUGUGAACGAUAUUAUUGAAUCGAUCAGUAACUGCCUACAAGUCAAAGAAAACUCCUCAGAGUUUAAUUCGCAAGAGUCGCCGGCAAGCCAAAUACAAGCUCACGAAGGUAAUAGUAGCUUUCGACAAAGAAAUGCUACACUAGAAAAGGAACUUGAUUAUGAUAGUUACGGGUGUCCCAAGUACUGUACAUGGGCGGGGAAGUACAUUAUCGUUGCCUUACAAGACCAAUUAGAGCUAUUGCAGUUUGAUGCAGAAAAGAUGACGUUUCUAUCGACUUACAAAUGCCUUUCUUAUCCUUGUUCAAUGACAAGGAUAAAUGAUACAACUAUUGCUGUUUCGUUGCCAGAGGUACAAUCCAUUAUCGUCAUGAAUGUUUUGCCAAGACAACUGGAAUUGAAGACCAAAAUAAGUUCAAAAUUUGCUUACCAUGCUAUUUCAUACAACGAAUCCGUUCGACAUCUCAUUUGCUUGUCUCAGACAGCAGGUGCUAUUGAUUUCAUGGACGUUGAUGGUCAUCAGAAAUUUGCUGUUCCUGUGACAAAGAACGAAGUUCCUAAACUACAAUCCGCACAUGCAGUAGCAUUUGACCAACAGACGGAAAGGAUCUAUGUGUCAAGUACCGACUGGGACACAGUGAUUGCACUUGAUAAAAGUGGCACCAUAUUUAAAGAACUUACAAAUGGGGAGAAUGUUAAUCUCAGAGGACCACUAGAUGUAGUUCUUGACUCUGAGAAUAAUGUAUACGUCUUUGGUCGUGGAGGGAACCCUAUUUUGCAGUGCGACAAAGAUUUGAACGUUAUAAGAGAAAUAAUGCAUACGGAGAGUAAACUAGAAUACGCGUACAGUAUGAGUUUCAACAAAGACAUGUCAAAAUUUGUCAUAUCGGAACAACACGGGUUAGGAAGCCUAUAUCUUAAAGUGUACAGUUUCAAAUGA